CGGUGAUAACCUUGUAUGGUAUGUGCUGACUAUUGUCACUGUUUACAUAGUAACGUUUUUGCUGUUUUCUGUCAAGAUAUACACCUGUUUAAUAAAUUUCAUUCUAACGUUCAUUACCAAUAAAAUAGAAUUUUAAAAUAAUUCAAAUGAAUCAUACUUCAAUAAUUUAAAGUGUUCGUAACAGUUUAAAAUCAUUGAAGACAUCUGUACGACGUUUUACAAAAAAAAACGAAAAUUCAAGGUCGUGAUAUAGAUAUACAUGACAUAUUGUUUUCUUUACUGAAUGAAAAAUUUAACUGUCAAUUGUUUUUCAACUGUUGUGUUUGCUGAAAAUAAAAUAUACCAAUUUAUUGUUCAACUAAUUUGACAGUUGUUAAUAUUGUUCAAAUUGAAAAAGAAGAUGUCGAAAGCCGGAGAAAAACAAAGUUAUGCACAAACCUACAAGCUAGUUGUAGUUGGAGGUGGAGGCGUUGGAAAAUCAGCAAUAACUAUUCAGUUUAUUCAGAGUUAUUUUGUCACGGAUUAUGAUCCAACGAUUGAGGAUUCCUAUACAAAACAGUGUGUCAUCGAUGAUGUUCCAGCGAAACUUGACAUUUUGGAUACCGCCGGUCAAGAAGAAUUUUCAGCAAUGCGAGAACAAUAUAUGAGAAGUGGAGAAGGUUUUUUGUUGGUAUUUUCAGUAACAGAUCAUUCAUCUUUUGAUGAAAUCCAAAAAUUUCAUAAACAAAUAUUGAGGGUCAAGGAUCGUGAUGAGUUUCCGAUGCUCAUGGCGGGAAAUAAGGCAGAUUUAGAUCAUCAACGAGCGGUAGCGGUUGAAGAAGCACAAAAUCUUUCACGUCUUUUGAAAACUCCUUAUAUUGAGUGCAGUGCUAAACUGCGAAUGAAUGUGGACCAAGCAUUCCAUGAACUCGUUCGAAUUGUUCGUAAAUUUCAACUGUCAGAAAGACCUCCGUUAAAGCCAAAUCAUAAAAAAGGCAAUAAAAAAUGCUGUAUGCUUUAAUUAGGAUUCAGCCAAAGAAAAAACAUUUAAUUAUAAUUAUUUUUAUUAAAAAAAAAAAAAAACAAAACGAGGAUUUUAACGAAUGAAAUCAAGACAAUGAGAAUCAACAAAUAGCUAAAAACAAGUCCUGCCUAUCUUGUCUAAAUAAAAUACAUGGUUUUUCAACGAUUCAAAAAUUAUGUCUUCCAUAUCUAAUGGUUAAAACAGCAGCCUUCAUCAACACAAUCGAUUAUCUGUAUUUAUUCGUUUUAUGUUAAUCAAAUUAACGAUUUUUGCAGACAUUAAAAAAAAAAUAUUUUUUUUCAUAUAUCUAGUUUUUAAUUUUUCAAUUUGAAAUUUAUUUUA